GCCACUUCCCCUUUGCAGUCUCGGAUCCCGCCCCCGGAGCUGGUGUGUCUUUGGGACCUCGGCUUUGCUCAUCUCUUGUCCGGGCUGGGCGCCCCGAGCCGGACAGGUGCCUUGGAGGCUCCCAGCCAAUUGUGCUCUCCGUUUCGAGUCCCAGUUUGCACUCAGCUCCUCAGUCAAGAGACCCCGGGGACAACAGAGAGGCGGGCGGCCUAACGGAGAGGCCAAGGGUCCCGGUCCACCUCUGGGGCGCUCCGUGGGUCCCUGGGUCGUCUGUAGCACCUCUACACCGCCUUGACGACAGGAGCUGAGCAAGGCUUCUCAACGCUCUAUUCCCAGGUGUCCGGAAUCCGGGUCCUUAAUCGCGUGCUCCCAGAGGGCAGAGGCGGGUCUACACGGGCCAGAUUCACAGCUGAUCCUUCUGAUGAAAAGAGAAAGAAAGAAUGGACUACAGCUGCCAAACGUCCCUAGUCCCUUGCGGACAAGAUAAAUACAUUUCCAAAAAUGAACUCCUCCUGCACCUGAAGACCUACAACUUGUACUAUGAAGGCCAGAAUUUGCAGCUGAGACACCGAGAGGAGGAAGAUGAAUUCAUCGUGGAGGGGCUGCUGAACAUCUCCUGGGGGCUGCGCCGGCCCAUCCGUCUGCAGAUGCAGGAUGACCAUGAGCGGAUCCGCCCCCCGCCCUCCUCCUCUUCCUGGCACUCUGGCUGCAACCUGGGGGCUCAGGGCACCAUCCUGAAGCCCCUCACCAUGCCCAACAUCCAGAUCUCCGAUGCGGACGAGCCACCCGAGAGUGACCAGACGCUGAGCCCCACAGAGGCCAGGGGUCUGAAACCCCUGCAGGAAGAUACCCCGCAGCUGAUGCGCACCCGGAGUGAUGUUGGUGUGCGUCGUCGCGGGAAUGUGAGGACGCCCAGCGACCAGCGCCGAAUCAGACGCCACCGUUUCUCCAUCAAUGGCCAUUUCUACAACCAUAAGACAUCGGUGUUCACCCCGGCCUACGGCUCCGUCACCAACGUCCGCAUCAAUAGCACCAUGACCACCCCACAGGUCCUGAAGCUGCUGCUCAACAAAUUUAAGAUCGAGAAUUCUCCGGAGGAGUUUGCUUUGUACGUUGUCCAUACCAGCGGUGAGAAACAGAAGCUGAAGAACACCGACUACCCGCUGAUUGCCCGAAUCCUCCAGGGCCCAUGUGAGCAGGUCUCCAAAGUGUUCCUCAUGGAGAAGGACCAGGUGGAGGAAGUCACCUAUGAUGUGGCCCAGUACAUAAAGUUCGAGAUGCCUGUCCUUAAAAGCUUCAUUCAGAAGCUCCAAGAGGAAGAAGAUCGGGAAGUGAAGAAGCUAAUGCGCAAGUACACCGUGCUCCGGCUAAUGAUUCGUCAGAGGCUGGAGGAGAUAGCCGAGACCCCAGAAACUAUCUGAGCCAUGAGAACGAGGGGAUCCAGACCCCACAGGGACCGGUAUUUACAUGAGUAGACCCACAGGAAGCCAGAAGCUUUCUUUCCACUGAAACAUUGAAAUGCAACUUCUCCAGCUCCCUCCAAGCCCCCAUUUGCUACCCGGAGUGAGAUGGAGCAGUGAGCAGACAAAUCCGUGUCCUUGGAUCCCCGGUCUCCUUUCUUUCACUCACAGGGAUUUUGAUUUUUGUUCUAGGGAGGACCUAGUGUGUGUGUAUGUGUGUGUGUCCACAGACAUGUGCCUACCUGAUAAUUUUCACAUGUAAUUAUAGUCCGAGCAGCCAGCACAAGUGCUGUGAGGCUGCCGGAUGUGCUCCUCAUGGGCAGGAAAGAGGGGUUCCUGACCUGAGGGGUUUUAGGCUGAAGGGUUUUCUCACCUCAAGUGCCAGGGAACAGCCACACUUUCCUGCCCAUGUUUAGAAGGGGAAGGGGCUUGGCAAGCUUAGGUGGGGUCGCUCACCAUUUGGGGUAUUUGUGUGCUAGUAGGGAUUCUCCCUCUAUGCCUAGAAGGAUCACUGAAUGCAAGAUUCCUGGAAAUUAAUAAAAUACCAGCCACAUACCCUCGGGGGCAGGUUUAAUGAAAGAAAAAGAUAAACCACUGGUGGGGUAGAUGCAAUAAACCCACAGUUUCUUACACUGGAAACUUUGCUCGUGUUAAACAACAACACUAUGUGGAAUGUUCUGUGUGGAUGCUUAGAAAGAAGAAUCUGCCUCCAUCCUUGUCCCCAUGGCUACCCCUAGAAGAUAGGAGGAAGCCUGAGAAUUUCUCUCUGCAUGUCAAGCCAGAAACCCCAUUGCCUUGAUGCUUCCUUGAGCUGAAGGGAAGGUCUUGUGGAGUCAGAGCCUCACUGGUUUGCACAUGAUGCUGACUGGGUAGCCUGGCCAGAACCCAGCCUUGCUCUGAGGUGGUGGCCAAGAAGUUUCUGAGUCCACUCCAUAGGUCCAAAAGGAAGUGUGGAGGCUCGUGGCAGAAAUGACAGGUGGCUGCGAGCCCAGCCCAUCUUCACAUCAUCUAGAAUCUUCUGCACUUGAGCUAUGGCCAUGUUUGAAGUGAAGACUUUAUUCUUUCCAACCUCUGGAUUCUUGCAGCUCACCCCCGCCCUUGUGUGUGGAGAUGGACUUCGAGAAGGAGGACCUGUCCUGCUACUGACUGAAUGUGACACAAGGGGGUGCUCUUUGGGCUUCCCUGUGAAGGUGUGUAGAGAGGGUCAGAGCAGACACCACUUGGAAGAUAGGCGGGUACAGAGUCUGUCCCCUGGAGCCCUGAUCAGAGAGAUUGCCACACAACUAACUGUGGGCCAGUGUGGCAGAUACAGUUUGAGGAAAGACUGAGAGAUGUUUGGGGCAGGGGUCCUGGCUGUCGAGGUCAACCCAGCAAAACCAGGAGCUCCUAGCAGCAGGCAGGUCUGAGCUGCAUAAGAGUGGGAGUGCUCCUCAUCUCCUCCACCUCAUCUUCAAGGAAAGUUUGGAGCACUGGGCAGUUGGGGGAUGGAGAGCCACGGGUUGGUGCUUUAAAGGAAGGUGGGCCUUUGCAGCAGAGCCGUUCCUUCCCUAGGCACCGUCCUGCCCUCCUCUGUGACCUUCUCCAUAGCCUUUUUGGAAGGCUCAUAGCUGUGGUCUUAUUGUUGACUUUGGAAAUGGUGGCAUGCCACCACCUGACAUCUUUCCAGGGCUUUCUUAGCUGGCCUACCUCCCCUAAGGGGAUAGCUCUAUCAGCCCUGUGGGGCGUGGAGUGGAAACCCAGAGGUGAUUGUUCUCAAUUAUACACCUCAGAGGGCUUCUGUCAAAUGCACAGAGCCAGGCUAAGCAAACAAAUAAAAAAAGGGGUGGGGACAGCUUCCCAAGUUACAGAUGGGAAAGGGCAGUUUUGUGAAUGCAAACCCAACUCCUGAGUUUUGCAUUUACAGUGAACUUGCAAAGCCUUUGUUGGCCCCAAUAAUAUCUCUUUAGGGGACUGGGGGAAGAAUUUUCACAAAUCAAGUGACUAACCAGUAACUUUUGUUGGGUGUCUAUUUCUAGUUUAUAAAAAUCCUCUUUAAUUUGCACUAGCAACUGUGAUGGUGUUAAAUACAGAAAUGUUGCAAAAUGUCAAGUGCACCAGAUCGCUUUCCGAGAAAGCGUUCCUGAGGUAGACUUGCUUUGUAAAGAUGGGGGACCAGGGUGUGGACCUGAGGGCAGAUCACUCCUUACACAACACGCUUCCUUCUAAUUCAGGCCUCUCCUUUCCACUUCCACCUGCCCUGUUUAGAGAUCAUUUCUCAAGUCCUGAUAUCUUGCUCAGGAAUUCUGGAAAAGUUCUCUUAAAUAGCAGAUGAAACAGAAAUGCUUUACCUCCACGUGGAGCCAGAUUUUCUCACUGGUAUCACAUGGCCAUGCAGCUUUGAAUGCCGACUGAUUUGUGAAGGUUUAUGUAAUGAUGUGCAAUGGACCUGAAAUUGUGACAAGCACAAAAGGCCGAUUUAUAGGGUUUUUCCUAACUCGUGAAAACAGACUAGCCUCAUCUGGCUUUCUUUCUCCAGAGGCUUAUGUUACAAGGUUUGUGAUCAAAUGAAGGAAAACUCGAGUACACCUUGGUGGCAAGGGGCUCAGUCUUCCCUGGUGGUGGUGGAAUUAAGCACAAGGUCACGUUCACGGUGAUCACAUUAGUGGAAAAGUUAAUAUGAGUUAAGUGGGAGGUGGAGGAAAGGGUAGUUGGGUGAGAAAUUAAAAAGCACAAACUCGACAUGCCCUCGUGUGCUUAGUCUUGUCCGCAGUGGUCCCCAGGCUGGAUGACUUUGAGUUGAGGUGAGAGGAUCUCAGAAGAUUAGCUACCCCUCCAAGUGAAAUGUGCCAGAGUUUUGAAGUAGAGACUUGCUGAUGCUUCAAGGAGAGAGAUUUUCACCCUUCCCUCCUCCCUACAAGGAGCCCUUGUGGCACAGUGGUUAUAGCAAUUGACUGCUAACUGAAAGAUAGGCAGUUCAAAGCCACCAGCUGCUCUGUGGGAGAAAAUAGAUGGCAGUCUGCUUCCAUAGUGAUUUACAGCCUUGGAAACGCUAUGGGAUCGUGAUGACUUAGAGUCGACUCGACAGCCAUGGGUUGAGUUUGGUCUCCUUGCUACUAAAAAGAAACCAAUACUCUGUCCUAGAAAUCUUCAGAUGAUGACGUUUUAUCGUCAGUGUAGAUAAAACUUUGACAUAUAAUUACAAAAAGAAUCUGUUCUCAGUGCAAAAACAUGUUGGCAAGAAUUCUCUUUUGUGGAGUUGAGUGGUUAUUUCAGAGUGUUAGGGGGUAGAAGGAAAAAUAGACCCAGAAGGGCAACGAGUUCUCUUGAGAAAAGAGAAGCUGUCUUAAAAAAAUUAAAUAAAAAAGUAGAAUUUUCUUCUGAGGCUCCAUAGCCCAGAGAACAUGGUGUCAUACAUGCAUCUCAGAAAUUUCUGUAUGGACAAGGGGAUUUCAGUGUCUCAUGGCGGCCAACCCGUGACGUGGGGUAGUGAUAGGAGACAGAAGGAUCACCUUAAACUUUGCUGAUGGGGCAGCAAGCAUUUUCAAGUCUCUACUUAAAAUGUUUUGCACAAAGCCUUCCUUGAUUCAGAUGAGAUAAAAAUGAUCUAAAGAGGUAAAAAUAAAAACAAAUGUGGCACCUCUUCCUUCAGCUGUGAAAGUGUUUGCCCUGUCACGGGAGGUUAUAGCACUCUGUGUCUUAACCAUGCAUAAGAGACGGACAAGCUGUGAAGGGGUAGCUCUCAGUUUGCCCUUGGAGUGUCCCCCAAAGACUGCCAGCCAGGCUGCAGGCAGACGUCUUUCCUUGGCUGAUGGUUUCUGGGUGUAAUUCUAGUGUUUCUUAAGGGUUUCCCCACUUCCUUUAGUUUUGUGAAGUGUUCUUUUCUUAACCAUCACUAGCCUUUCAGCAAUGGUACAUGACCUGGUUCAAUGUUUGGUUCUGAACUUGUAAACUGAUGCUUUUAGGCACCUUAACGUAAUUUGACGAGGUCUCCAUAGGGAGCCAUGAAUUUUUGUAAUAUUUUGAUAUGUUUUAAUGCACAUGUCUUAGAUGUAAUUGAAAUAAAGCACUUUUCAGAGAGAAGUCCCUCUGUCGAUGGGUUUGUGUGUGUCCACUGGAUAAGGAGCUAUGUAUUGUAAGAGGGUGGUUGUAAGGUUGGGGACAGGGAUGUGAAGGGACAUCCAAGAGAUCAGUUGCUUUUCUUCCCCCCGAGCUUCUUUGAACAGGCUUAGACACAGCAGGCUCACACCUGGGUGUAAUAUUGCAAAUAGGAAGUUGUGUCCCUGGUGGAGUUAGUGAGUUCUGGUGGAAAGUGCUGGAAACUAGCGUUCAGUGGAUUUUCGUCCUGACUCCACCCUGGCUGCUUAUGAGCCUGGGACCAUCUCACUGAACCUUUUUCAAGGACUUGGUUUCCUCACCUGUAAAAUGACUGAGCCACCCUGCAUUGACAUGGGGACCUGGGCUUGCCUGUGUCGGAGGCAGCUGCCCAGUAGUCCCAGAUUUAAGGGCCCUCGUAGCUGCUUCCAAGACCCAUCCUACGGAAUGGGGAAGGGUUAUGUGGUUGGUUCACAAAGCUUGAAUGAGAUUGAUGGUCGUCUUCCUCAAAUACCUGGUUGUGGAGCAGGAAUAAAUGACCAACAUAAUUUGGCCUCUAGAAAAAGGGGGCAACCAAGAAAAGAAUCCCCAAAACAGUGCUUGUAAAUUAGCAAAAACAAAAAAAACAGAGCAAAAUUUGAAUAAAUCACUGUUCCCUUUUGAGUGUUCUUUCAGUUUCCUGUAUUAAGAGUUUUUACUCCAAGCUCUGGCUUUUUUUGUUGUUGCGUUAAGUUGGGUGAAACACAUGAACAGGCAGUUAAUGCUUCUAGACAGUGAGGCUUCUCUGGCUGCACAUCACAGGGAUGUAGGCAAUGUAGACCAAAAAACAGUCAGCCUGGGGCCCCAAAUCAGGCAGUAAAUCUUACAGAAAUUAGAGCACCCAAUAUCACCCAGGAGCCCUGCUGGUGCAGUGGUUAAAGCACUUGGCUGCUAAUUAACAAGUCGGUGGUUCAAAUCCAACAAUGUUUCCGCGGGAGAACGAUGUGGCAGCCUGUUUCCAUAAAGAUUUACCUCCUUGGAAACCUUAUGGGGCAGCUGUCCUCUGUCCUAUACGAUCACUAUGAGUCGGAAUCGACUUGACAGCAAUGUUUUUGUUUUUUCUUAAUAUCACUCAGGGGGCAGUGGUAGAAUUUCUGUCUUCCACAUAGGAGACCCGGCCAAUGAAAACCCCAUGGAUCACAAUGGUCAGGUCCACAACAGAUCAUGGGGAUAGCCCAGGCCCAGGCAGCGUUUCAUUCCACUGUGCAUGGACUUGUCAUGAGUCAGGGGCCAACGCACCCAGCUAACAGCAACUUUCACCCAACGGAUACUCAUAGCCUUCCAGCAAAGGAGCAGAUCGUUCUUGGCUUGCUUUACGGAGACACAGAUUUUAUGAAAUAAUCUGGCGGUGUCUAUUUAGGUAACGAAGUUAUUACUGAAUGUAGUCUGCUGUGAGCACAAGGCUUUACUGUGAAGUUUUGAAUAUAUUUGAGUAGUUUGCUGGCUUGCUUAGACACAAGCAAACUCUUGUACUGAAAAUUGGACUUGGGUAAAAUUGGCAUUGCUAUUUUUAUUUUAAAACUACCCAAAGUAAAAAUUACUACUUCGAUUUAAGUAUAUAAGCUAACUUUAGCAGUUUUAAAACUACAGGCCCAUUGGAAUGGACCAUAAGUCCCAGUUUGCUUGAGACAGUUCCAGUUUAUACCCGUUGUCUUAGUGUAAUUAUUAAUUCGAAAACCAAACCGGUUGCCAUCAAGUCACUUCCGACUCACAGCAACCCUAUAGGACAGAGUAGAACUGCCCCAUACGGUUUCCAAGGAGCAGCUGAUAAAUUGGAACUGCCAACCUUUUUGUUUAACAGCCAAACUCUUAACCACUGUACCACCAAGCACCCCCUUUGGUUCUCAAAAUGUCCCAGCACAGAUGAUAAAUAUGGUCCCUUUACACAGUGGUCCAGAAACAGCUGAUCAUAAUUUUUAUAUGAGGUUUUAAUAAGAAGCCAUAAAUUGGCAUUUAAGUUUUAAGCUUAAACUUAGGAUAAAACUGAAAUUCAAAUGCAUGUUUUGGUAGAAUACAAAAUAUAAUAUGGAUAUUUGAUAUAUCCAUGUUUUGAUAAACCUGAUUUAAACAUUCCUGCAUUACAGUGAAAUGCAUUUUUCUUAGUGGAGUUUUAAACUUGGAUGCACUGGCAUUAACUGGUGACUUUGAACACCUCCUGCUGAUCGCCAGCCCUCUGGGCUGCUGCUGGCACCUCCCGGUCCAUGCUCCACAGAACCUUCUAGGGUCAACGGCACCUGGUUUUAGGUCUCUUACAGUAUCUUCCACUGAGAGAAACCCAGGUCCCGGGAAGGUAGCAGCCACCAAACCUUGGGGCAGAAACAACACAAUGGACUACUGAGUAUGCCUUGGUAGUAGAAAGCAGUGAUGUCUUAGAGAUGUCUGGGGUGUAAUUUUGAGGAACAAAAAUUGCUGAUGAGAACUCCUAUGCAUAAUGACUAGCUGUAUGUCUGGGGCUAUAAAAAGCCUUGAGUUCAAAAUGACCCCAAGGAAAGGCUUAACAAUGAAGUCCUAAAAGUAAUGGACACAUUUACAGAAAUGUAAUAUAUUGUUAGGGGUCCCUGGUUGGUGCAAACAGUUAACGUGCUUGGCUGAUAACCAAAAGGUUGGAGGUUUAGGGUCCACCCAGAGAUGCCUUGGAAGAAAGGCCUGCCAGCUUACUUCUGAAAAAUCAGCCCUUGAAAAUCUUAUAAAGCACAGUUCUACUCUGACACACAUGGGGUUACCAUGAGUCAGAGCUGACAUGAUGGCAACUGGUUUUCUAAUGCAUUGUUCAGCUAAAAAUUCCUUAAAUCAAAUUUUGGUUAUAAUGCCAGAUGUCAGAAAAUCAGUUCAAGCACUCAGUGGCAUAUCUAGAGUAUUGCACUGGCCCUGGGCGUGUGGUGCAACUGAGCAGUUUUUAUUAGCCUGGUAAGUCCCAAUGUCCUUCCUCAGGCAUGGUAAUGUGUUUAUUAAAAGAUUAACGAGCUUGACUUGUGUUUUUCAGCUGAUAUCACGGUAAAGUUAUCUGAAAGAGAGUUGUCAGAUGGCUGGGACAGGGGCCCAAUUUCAGUGCUUGCCACAGGUGCCAUUUUUCGUAGCUACGCCACUGGCUGUACUGGGUUAAUAGAAACUGCUCAGCGGCACCACCUGCCCAGGGCCAGUGCAAUACCUGCCACACCCUAGUUACGCCUCUGCAGUGCUGGUAGGGAUGUCAAAUUGUGCAGCCACUGUGGAAAACAGUUUUGUGAUUCCUCAAAAAGUCAAACACGAUAACCGUAUGACCCAGCAAUUCCACUCCUAAGUAUAGGCCCAAACUCAUUGAAAAAGAAGACUCAAACAGACAACUCAAACAGACAUGUGUAUGCCAAUGUUCAUAGCAGCGUGAUUCACAACACCCCAAAGGUGGAAACAACCCAACUGUCAACCAACAGAUGAAAGAAUAAACAGAAUGCUGUACAUACAUAGAAUGGAAUAUUAUUCAGCCAUAAAAAGUAAUACAGUUCUGAUACAUGCUACAACAUGGAUGAACCUUGAGAACAUGCUAAGUGAAAUAAGCCAAGUACAAAAGGCCAGAUAUUGUAUGAUUGCACUUACAUGAAACAUCUAGAAGAGGCAAAUUGCAGAGACAGAAAGUAGACGAGAGCUUCCCAGGGGCUGGAGGGGGGAGGGAUGAAUGGGAGAGAGUUAUUGCUCAAUGGAUGCAGAGUUGCUGUUUUGGGGUGAUGAAAGGUUUUGGGAACAGGUAGGGGUGAUGGCUGUGGAACAUGGUGAAUGUAAUUAAUACCACUGAAUUGUACCCUUAAAAAUGGUUAAAAUUUCAAGUUACAUAUAUUUCACCACAAUAAAAAAAAAUAAUAAUAAAAAGUAGACUAAAAAAAUCAAAGUAGUUUGUCCAAAAACUCUUGUGCUACAUAAGGAAAAAGAACAAACUACAAAACAAACAAAUGACAAUACGUUUGACCCAGGAAAAAGGAACCAACAAGUAAAGUGUGAGUUAAAACUGGUCAGAAGAAUCUAUAAAUUAUUAGAAAUAUGUGAAUUUUGCAAGGUUGCUUGAAAACAAUCUUAAUAUAUAAAAAUCUGUGGUAUAUCCAUGUACCAGCCACAAAAUAGUAGAAAAUGAAAUUAAAAAUGCAAAGAUAUACCAUGUUUAUGGAUUGGAAAAAUAGCAGUUCUUCCCAAAUUGAUUUAUGGAGUCAAGUAAUCCUAAUAAAAAGCCAAGCAGGGUGUUUUUCUUUCUUUCUUCCUUCUGUAAUAAUGGUACAAAAAACCCAUUGCUGUUGAGUACGUUCUCACUCAGCGACCCUAUAGGACAGAGUAGAACUGCCCCAUAGGGUUUCCAAGCAGCAGCUGGUGGAUUUGAACUGCUGACCUUUUGGUUAGCAGCCAAGCUCUUAGCCACCAUGCCGCCAGGACUCCAGUAAUGGUACAGGUCAAAUAAAAUCAGUAAACAUAACGGAAUAUUAUUUAGCCAUUGAAAGUAUAAAUAUAAAAUUUACAUGGAAACAUGGAAAAUAUUAUUAUGUAAAGUGAAUAAAAUAGCAUGUAUAACAUGAUUGCAGCCUACAUGUAAAAACCUACGAAAACAGUUGCCUUAGAGUGGUGGAAUUACGUUUUCUUCAUGCUUCUGUUACACUGGCUUUUUAAUUAAAAAAAAAAAAAAAAAACUCCCUGGUUAAUAAGUCCAAAAAAUAAAGGGUCAAAAAACUCCCAAACCAAACAAACAAUGGCUAGAAGAUUAAAGCCAGCUAGGUACCUGCUUCCAUGCUGGGGUUAGUUUUUCCCAGCACCAUACUUCAGAAUCCCUGUUGUGAUCGAAGGUUCAAUCCACAAUUGAAAUGCAGUCCCCACAGUCGUGAACCAUAUAUUUGUGUAUGUCAAACUGUACUGAGUCGGAACCCACUAGAUGACAACGAAUGUUAAGAGAUAUAACUAUAUAUAUACAUGCUCUCACAAAUGGGCACUCCUCCCCCCGCCCCCCCAGGACAGAAGGAUCACAUCAAUAGUUCUAGUGCCUUUGAGAAAACCAGCUACCCUGAGCAUGUGAGUGGUACAGGAGCCUGAGGGAGGGAGUGCCCACAUAAGAAAUUGGGGAGUUCCCUAGACUUAGGCUCAGUCACCCUGGAAACGAAACCACUUUGUAAUUGUACUCUCAAUACCCCUUUCAGAAAUUGGACAAGCAAAGGCUUUCAAAGAAGAAAAAACACGAAUCACAAAUUCUGGCAGCCUGAAGUUAGCCAGAAUAUUCUGUCACACUGUUCUACUUUCCGUUGCUUAGAUUCUGAAGUUUUCUUUAUUAAGAACUGGGUUUCAGAUGCAACAUUCCAUUGGCUAACCAAACCCUUUGUGUGGACUCUAGAUAAAUGCGUGCCUUGCCUCGCCCUCCAGGGCACAUGGACACAGGCUGCUCCCAGUCCCACCUCUGCACCUGGAGGCCUGAGCCGGGAGCUCAGGAACACUCUAAGAGGAGAAACUCACUCUCUCCGAGGGGUUUAGGGAGGAAGAUGUCCAGGGCUGGUGGCACUGAGGAUUAUUUCUGGGCUGACUCAGAUCAUGAUUGAGUACACUGGAUUUAAAAAUAAUUAACUCUUAGGUGCCUACCAGUGCCCUCCCCGGAGAGGCACACUAAGUCGAAAUAAACAACCCUAAACCAAAAAAAAAAAAAAAAAACCAAACCCAGUGCCGUCGAGUCGAUUCCGACUCAUAGCAACCCUAUGGGACAGAGUAGAACUGCCCCAUAGAGUUUCCAAGGAGUGCCUGGUGGAUUCGAACUGCCUACCUUUUGGUUAGCAGCUCUAACCACUACGCCACCAGGGUUUCCUUCCGAUCAGUAGAGCUGUUCUGAAUGAUCCUACUGCAAUGGUUCGCAAGCUCGGCUGCACGUUGCAGUCACCUGAGGGUGGUUUUAAAAACACUGAUGCCUGGCCCCGUACCAAGAGCUUCUGAUUUCAUUCUUCUGAGUUGUGGCUCUGGCAGCAGAAUUUUUAACACUGUUUCCCCAGCUCCCCCGCCCUCCUACAAUUCCUGUGUGCAGCUGAGUUUGAGAACCACCUCACCAAACAAUUCUAAGAGAUUCUAAAUGAAUCCAAACAACUCAAAACAAUGAAACAGGAUCCCAUGCAUUUAAACGUGGUAAACAAUUAAAAUGAUCAUGAAUGGCUCUGGAAUUCCUAAAUACUACUAAAAAAAAAAAAAAAAAAAUACCUGUUGCCGUCGAGUGGAUUCCGACUCAGAGCGACCCUAUAAGACAGAAUAGAAGUGCCCCAUAGAGGUUCCAAGGAUCACCUGGUGGAUUCAAACUACUGACCUUUUGGUUAGCAGCCAUAGCUCUUAACCACUAUGCCACCAGGGUUUGUCAAGCUGAAAGAACUGAAGAAAAAAUUCAAGCCUUGAGUUGCAAUAGUGAAGGAUUCUAUGGGGGAAAUAUGAAAUGAUGUGAGGAGCAUCAAAAGAAGAUGGAAGGAAUACACAGAGUCGUUAUACCAAAAAGAAUUGGUCAACGUCCAACAAGUUCAGGAGGCAGCAUAUGAUUAGGAACCGAUGGUACUGAAGGAAGAAGUCCAAGCUGCUCUGAAGGCAUUGGCCAAAAACAAGGCUCCAGAAUUGACAGAAUAUCAAUUGAGAUGUUUCAACAAAUAGUUGCAGUGGGGGAAGUGCUCACUCAACUAUGCCAAGAAAUUGGAAGGCAGCUACCUGGCCAACCGACUGGAAGAGAUCCAUAUUUAUGCCUAUUCCCAAGAAAGGUGAUCCAACCGAAUGCCGAAAUUAUCUAACAAUAUCAUUAAUGUCACAGGCAAGUAAAUUUUUACUGAAGAUCUUUCAAAAGCAGCUGCAGCAGUAGAUCAACAGGGGACUUCCAGAAAUUCAAGCCAGAUUCAGAAGAGAACAUGGAACCAGGGAUUUCAUUGCUGGUGUCAGAUGGGUCCUGGCUGAAAGCAGAGAAUACCAGGAGGAUGUUUACCUGUGUUUUAUUGACUAUACAAAGGCAUUCCACUGUGUGGAUCAUGAUAAAUUAUGGAAAACAUUUCGAAGAAUGGGACUUCCAAAACACUUAAUUGUGCUCGUGAGGAACCUGUACAUAGACCAAGAGGUAGUCGUUCGUACAGAACAAGGGGAUAUUGUAUGGCUUAAAGUCAGGAAAGCUGUGCGUCACCUUUUCACCAUACCUAUUCAAUCCGUAUGCCGAGCAAAUAAUACAAGAAGCUGGACUAUAUGAAGAAAAAUGGGGCAUCAGGAUUGGAGGAAGACCUGUUAACAACCUGUAUUAUGCAGGUCUUUACACUUUGCUUGCACAGUCUGGGUCUGCUCAUCGUCACCACUUCUUCUGGGUCUGCUCAUUGUCUCUGCUUCUUCUGGUACCUUUGCAGCUGCUGCCUCCAUCACUGUUGUAGGUUUACACAGUCUGGGAGGUUCAUAGCACAGGGUCCCAUGUCCCUAGGACAAGCUCCUCUCCUGACUUUCCUUGAUCAGGAAGCCCCAUCUGAGCUGCUGUUUUCUAGGGCUUUUAUCUGUCACUUGGCAGGCCCCCAGCCAAUCCCUGUAAAAGUCAACUACUGGUGGGGCUUUGGAACCAGGACCAAAAGGUCUAAUUGCUUCUUUUAGUAAAUUGUUUCCACACUGUGCAGGCCUCUUCCAGCUUCUGGUUGCUGCCAUCAUUCAUUGGCUUGUGGCUGCAUCACUCUAAUCUCUGCUUCCAUGAUCAAGUUGCCUGCCCCUCUCUAUCUGUAGUAAAAUCUCCCUCUGUCUCUCUCUUGUAAGGAUACUUGUGAUUGCAUUUAGGAACCACCUGGAUAAUCCAGGAUAAAUCUCUUUCAUGAACAGUGGGACACACACUACCUACCUACAUUUUCCACCUUUCAGGAUUAUUAGGAAGCUACCAUUUUUUUUUUUUUUACCAUAGGAUCGCUGUAAGUUGGAAUCCACUCGAUGGCGAUGGGUUUACUGUACCACUGCCAAUACGUGUGGCCAGCAGGUGGGGACCUGUAACUGUUUAAAAUGAGAGAAAAAUGUGUGUGCUGAAAAUUAUUGUUUUUACAGGGUAUUGUAUGAGGUGUUGCAUCCUAGGAGUGUGAUUGUGCAAAACUUUUGUAUCUUUUUGGCUUUUGUACAGCGAGAUAAGCUUUGUAAGUCUAUAUCAGGUUCAUUUGCGUUAUCCGGAAGUGGCGUUUCUCACGCUGAUUCCUCGUUCACGCGAAUACUGCAUUUUCAUGCACCAUACAUUGUAUGCACCUGUCAAGGGAUCUAGACAUUGAUGCAGUAUGGGUCCCAAAUAAUCCUACCCGCCAGAGUCCAGUGUGACAAGUGUGUCCUGUAUACCUACACCCAGAGUCCAGAGGGACACACACACCCCAAUAAUAUGUAUCAAAUGCAUAUUUCAAAACAAAAUUUCAGAAAUGUUCCUUGAUUCAGCAUGCCUUCCGUUAAUGAAAACACAUGGUAUCAACAAAAAUUAAAAAAAAAAAAUUUAAUUCAUACAUGAAAGGGUUCAUCUCAAGAUCCUUAACCAUACCUAUAAAGACUCUUUUUCCAUGUAAGUUAACAUUUACGGGUUCCAGGGAUUAGGAUCUGAUGUCUUUGGGGAGCAUUUUUCAGCCUACCACAUUAGGGAAGAGCUGAACUAGUUUAGAAAAGUAAAGUUAGACAAAAAGGAACGCCCUGAUCAUUUGGGUGACCUUGUUUAACAGGCAAGAAAAUCCAUAACAAUGGAAGGCUGGAACAUUGUCCAGUCAUGAGACACAAAGGUAACUAAAAUUGUUCCCAAUGUCAUUCUUCUUUUCUAAGCCAUCUCAAUGCCACCAUAAAAGCAAAAAAAAAAAAAAAACCCAAACCCGUUGCCCUUGAGUUGAUUCAGACUCAGCGACCCUAUAGGAGAGAGUGGAACUGCCCUACAGGGUUUCCAAGGAGUGGCUGGUGGAUUCAAAGUGCCAACCUUUUGAUUAGCAGCUGAGCUUUUAACCACUGUGCCACUAGGGCUCCUGCCACAAUAUAAAAAAAAAAAAAAAUAGCUGUGGGUAAUUCCUCAAGCAGUUAGUGAACUG